AUGCUCAAAUCCCACGAUACCGCCCUCGGCUCAGGCACGACAGGCGGUGCUGGCUAUGGCAACAAGUCGAACCCUGAAGCCGAAGUCGACUCAUCCGACACCCGUUUCGGCAAGCACACCAACGCAGACCCCUACUCCGGGGCAACAGAAUACGGCUCCGGAACCACGAGCGGCGUAGGCUACGGCAACAAGUCCGCCCCAGACAGCAGCGAGGUAGACACAUCCGAUACUCGCUUCGGGACCAACCAUACAGAACCGUAUUCUGGCGCUACAAAAUAUGGCUCCGGAAGCACCGGUGGCGCAGGCUUUGGCAACAAGCAUACUAAUGCUAAUGCUGGCAAGAGUGGUCCGCCAGACUCGACGAUGGGCAAGCUCAUGGAGAAGACUGGAGGCCUGCUGCAUAAUCCAGGCAUGGUGGAGAAGGGCGCUGAGAAGCGAGAGCAGGCCAAAGAAGCAGCGGCGUUAAAUUGA